AUGAAAAAAGCACUUCCAAGUAUAAACAUAAGAACAAGCAUUUCUCCCCCAAAAGCAAUAAAUCACUCGCUAACAGCUAGAUCUACCCGACAAAGCAGCAGCCAUAAAAGCUCAAUGUAAGAUUAAAUUCAGAAUAAACCAUAUUUCAAAAGACAGCUUUGAAAAUUCUCUUGAAAAUUCAGCGUCCCAUUCUUUUUCAUUCAAUCUCCAGAAACCUCAAAACCCAUCUUUCCAAAGAGACGAAUUAAAAAGGCUUGAAGAAGAGCUGGAUAAGCAAGAAAUCGAACUCAAAACUUAUAACUUUCUGGAUCGAAAUGACCCAGAAACCGGCCUAAAAGAAUUCUCAGCUUAUAAAAACUACCUAGAAGGAUUGUCAAUUUUACUUAAACAACAGGACGCUAGAAUUGGAAACACCCUGGUCCGAGGUUUAGUUGGGCUGACAAGGGCUUAUAAAAAAAUCAUCAAUAGGUCUGAAGCCCCUAAGCCAGAAAUUAUUCCUAAAAAGCGAACCAGGGAGCAGCUGACCCAAACAUAUGAAUUAGCAAUAGAGAGAACCCCAAGUAUCAUUCUUCCAGUUAAAGAAGAGCCAAGUUUGGAGCUUGAAGUGUUUAAGCGACUUGCUAACCGAUUCCAGAAAAUUUCUCAAGGGGUUUUAUCACAGAAACUCAAUGAUUUGCAUGACUCGUUAUGCUUGAUGCUGACUGAUGUUCCAAGUCCUUCCGAAACCCCUGAUAUUUUGGAUAUAAAUAUUGUUCACUACGUACAAGACAUUGAGCAGGGCAUAAAAGUCGGGUGCAGGUCCAAUGAUCGUGCACUUUUGUAAGGUGUAUUGAAGGACUUUUUGGUAAAAUGUCUCACUAUCAAAAAUUCCAAACAAAUUUCUCAUAGAGAUCAUUAAAAUUGAGCCUAAAAGUCAUCCAAAACGAAAUCAGCACACAUCUGAAUCGAAAAGUAAAUUUUAAUAGGUCAAAGAUCGAUAAGUUUUUGCAGACUGAUAUAAAAAUUCAUGAUAAAUAAAAUGGCAUUCGGUUCGAGAGAAAUUAGCUUUGCUAAUUUUCUCUCCCUCAUGGAAUUUUAUUUAUAGGGUUAGGUUUUCACUCGAGAACUUCUGGACAGCAAUAGUGGUUUAACUCUGGGGGAUAACCAAAGGAACCACUCCUCAGUCCACUCAAGAUUUCGGGCUUUUACCUCUCAGCACAUCCCCACGGGAGGAUGACCCUUAGGCGGAACACGCGCAGGAGCUGAGUCGAGCGACAAGGGCGACGGCAAACGCGCCGGGUGAGACGUGCAGCAAGGCCGGUGAAGCAGGAGUUGAUAGAAGGCUUGGACGGGGCUGACCCGUGCCAAGAUGGCUCGCCUACGUCAUCAGUUUUGCCAUAGGCCCUUUUGGGCUGCGGCACUAGACACCUUAAACACCAGAUAAUUAAGUUAAGUAAGAUAUAAAAUUCGUGGAUUUAAAUGAGUAUGAUGCAUUGACAAAUUUAUUGAAAGAAAAAGAGCUCAAAAUUUUAAAUUAUAAGCAGCAGAUAAACUUGUUUAAAGCGAAUACGGAAGACUUGCAGCUCCAGUUGGAGCAAUCCAAAGCUUCAAUAGCCAAAUAUAAGGAGAAAAUUGUGGCUCAUUUUUUUAAUCCAAUUGUUUUGAUAAAUUUGGUCGAGUUUUUACCUCUUAAGAUAUUUGAUCGAUUAUGACAGUUUUUCCUAAUAAAUGUCUUAUUAUCAAAAACUCGACCAAAUUCCCCCUGAAAUAUUCCCCUACUAAAGCGCUUAAAUCUAACGACAUAAGCCGAAAUUGUGGAAAUUGAAGACAAAGAAAGGAAAAAUAAAGCUGAGCUGGGAAACUUGUAUAGGAAACUUGAAGAAAGUGAAAAGUUUAAACAGGGAUUUGAGCAAGCAAAUGAAAAAUUGAAAGCCUUACUCCCCCCCCCCCCCCUCCGUGAGCGAACAAAACCAUUAGAAAAAUCGCCAUUUUUUGACCAAAAACCCACCCUCCGUGAGUGAACAAAAAUUUUUUUAAUAGAAAAAAUUUUAAUGGAAAAAAAUUUUGAUAUAUAAGUGAUAAUUAGUAUAAUGAAAUCUAGAGCUAAUUCUGUUUAAUUUUAAACAAAUUGCGUUUUAAAACAUAAAUUUUGCAAAUUAAAUUAAUAUUUGCUUCCCAAUUUUUGCAAAUUAGGAUUUUUUUAAAUUUCGAAAAAAAUAUUUUUUUAUAAAAAUUUAUAUAUAAAUUUUUUUUAAAAAAAAAAAUUAACCCCCCUCCGUGAGCGAACAAAAUUUUUUUUGUUCGCUCACGGAGGGGGGGGGGGAGUUAGGAAAUGAGCUAUAUUUAGCUAAGCUAAGCGGAAUUGUUGCUCAAGAAAAGCUGUCACAGAUAGAGCAGCAGUGAAGACAGGAGCAUGGUGGGGCCAGUUUUGAAUAUAAAAAUAUUGAUGAAGAGUCUCUUAUAAGGAAAUAUAAUCUAAAAAAAAUCGAUUAUACAGUUGAGCUGAUGGAGCCAAAUAAAUCAAUACUCAAAAAAAUCCCCUCUGGAACAAGCUCGAGAAGGAGAAGUCCAGAAGACACGCCAUCAUAUGGGUGAAAUGGAUCAUCAAAAAUGAAAAAUCCUCAUGAUGGGAACACACUACAAAUUCCAGGACAAACUAAUCAGCAAGCCAUGCUAUAGGAUUUGCCCUAGGAUGGCGCUAUAUGGCGCCAUCCUAGGGCAAGCGAAAAUUGGCUCCACACGGGAACCGUAUUCCACGUGUGGAGCCAUUUUUCCACGUGUGGAAUCCACAUUUUCCCACGUGGAAAAAUGGCUCCACACGUGGAAACACAAUUCCCGUGUGGAGCCGUGUCUCCAAUUGCCCGAGGAUGGCGCAAUAUAGCGCCAUCCUCGGGCAAUUUCUAUAGAUCCUAACUUAAAGUCUGCUUUAGAUAUAGCCAACUCAUCAGACCAAAAGCGACGCAAAAGCUUCUUAUCAUCCUUUUUGAGCCCAAGCAACAAUAAUGACCAUGACCAUUGCAACAGCUCUUUUUCAAACGGUUUUGAAAACGAAAAAUCAACUGAAAAACAAUCCGCAAUUCCUCUAGGAGGGAAGAAUAAAUCUCAAAGAAUUUCCAAUAAAAAGAACCUUUUGGAAGAAAACGAACAAGAGUAUUUUGAUAAGGACGGAAACAUUGCUGUAUGAGUGUUAAAAAAAUACCCAGAUUUAGAGUCAAUUCCGCCACACUUGAGAAUGGAAUAUAUUCGGGCCAUGGCUGGGCAUGAUAACAGAAAAUGCAUAGGGGAAUGCAAACAUCUGAAAAGGGCACGCUUGAUCAAGAUGAAAGCUAAAGGACUUUUAUAUCCCUUGAAGAAAGCAAUUAUUCAAGGAUUUUAA